AUGUCCACAAAUCUUACUGAAACUGCAAUCGAUAAGAAUUCACAAGGACCUCACAGCUCACUGAUCGUUGGUACUGUGUAUAUAAUUUUUCCACUUUUCCUGCUAUCCGUCUAUUCCAUUUUCAACAUGACCAUACAUGCAAGCGACGAAUACCGCAAACUCCAAGCAUUUCGCUUCAUGUUUUACAUUGGAAUUCUCGACUGUGUUCAACUGACCGGUCACAUCUUUGGUGGAAUUAUCACUAUAUGGCCGAUUAUCGAUCUUAAUUUUCCAUAUCUUAAUCGAGUUAGGAAUUUUAAUACUGCUGUUUAA